GAAGAAUACUGUCUCAACUGACUAGCUAGCUGUUUAUGUACACUGACAUUUUACCGAGUAUACCUUUGGCAUCCAAUAUAUUUUGCUGUCUCGACGUGAAGCCUUGUGAGAUUUAGCAGAAGCGAAUCACAAAGCCGAAAUAGCUACUGAUUCGAAACAUUGCCAAGCACGGAAGACGUGGCGACUUUAAUUGUUUCGAUAAAGAUUUGGACUUGCCUAUGUAGUCAAUUAUUUCACAAUCUCUGCGAUUUGUGUGGAACAUUGUCGGAGUAUAUUCGGCAUGCGAAGUCUUCACAUGGUAAACACAAGAGAAAUUGAAAAUACAAGCUCACGCGAAGGAUAUUGAUGAAAAGGUAAAAGAGUUACCAGUAAGCAGGUGAUUCAAGAUUUCAUUUAUAACUUCCGCCUAAAAUAACUCCGGACUCAAAUCAUCCAAAGGUUUUGCAUAAAUUGGAAAGUACUGACGAGCAUUGAGCUCGACCUCUUUAAGUAAACAAGAAAAUACGGUUGGUUUGCCGUACACAACUUCUUAAGGAUUAGGCUUUUAAAUUAACAAUCUGAAUUCACGACGACUUCAAGUGGCGCUGUAAGGAUCCAUAAACAAACACACCAACGUCUCGCUACGAGGAAGUGUGAAACAAAAAUUACGUUAUAUAGCUGUCAGUGAAGCUAAUUGUGAAGUAAGUUAGAUACCGUUGUUUUGUAUAUUAUGGUAUCCCGUGGGGAAGACGAUCUGCUCAACACGAUAACUUGGAGCGAUGAUUCGUAUAUCUUGUCGGAAUUUUUGACCGAAUUUCCGUUACCACAAGUGGUUAAAAUCGUGCGUGGUCACGAUGGAACGAUGACAAACAGCCCAACUUUAGGUUUCGGCGAGGUGCUCACCCUGCACGCCUUAAGAGAAUCACGAACACUCGUCGGUGAGGACAAAAAUGAAAACGAGUUCGCUGUCGCUUUGAACUAUCCGGACGACUUUCAGGUUCUACCUCAAACGAGUGACUGUAAGCUCGACUCGUGCGGCGUGACCGAUUUAGCAUCAUUCUACCAAACCGUGAAGUACUUGGAAGUGAUUCAAGCGCAUUAUGGUACGGACGAAGACCUCAACUCCUCGGCGCAAGGGGAACUGUUGGAAAUACUGGACAUCGUCAAACCUCAGAAACCCGAUAAGGCAAAAGUCCACGUUCUUAAUCUGCAUAGUGAACAGAAAUCCACGCUGACUUAUACGUGCUCGGCGAGAUUUAGACCGCUUCUCGAUUGGAAAAAAUACAAAGCUAACGAACUGAAGACGCAUCAGUAUGGGUUUCCAAUAAGAGUGAAAUUCGCAGAAAACGCCGAUUGGAUUCGUGAAGAUAUGGAAUGUCAGAGGAUAAUUUCGAAGACCCCUGUCAUCAACAUCACAGACGAGACACAGGAUAUUACAAUCAUCAGCACAACAGUAGCGAGCGAUCCAGAGUUGAAAUUCUGCUACGAAAUCCCGAAAAAUUUGGAAAUAAAGGUCGCCGUCGCGGAGGGCUUUGCGAAUGGUGCCAAGCACUACACCGAUGUCGUUGACGAUCUCAACCAACGCUUUGACGUUGCGAAAUUCAUGACCAGCUUCGAGCCGACGAUGAUACGACGUCGCAACGCAAUAAGACAAUAUAACUACGACACAAUAAGGAAAUGUAUCGUGAAAAAAUUCAGACAUUCUGUCCUCGUGGAACAGGCGACGGACGCCCCAGCGCUACCACCGAGGCGUCAAGUGCCUAGAACUGUUAGUAUGCCCCCAACUCCACCGAAACCAACACCAACCGCCCCCCUCCGGUCAAAUUCUGAAUCUCAUGUUGAACACGAUGCUAUAGAUUCUCCUCCAGGGGGGGAAGAUGAUGCAUCGGCAACAUUAUCUGAAGCUACACUGCAAUCAACUGAAGAUGAUGUAAAUAACCCUAAAGGUCCUGGGGUGAGACGAGUAAAGCCACCAAUAAACACCCCAAUUACUCCGAAGGCACACGCCAGUAACCCUGAUGAUCCCCCAAAGCCAAAAGCGAAGGAGGCUAAACAACCUGUGAAACCGCCUAUAAAUACCCCAAAUUCACUACCAGUUGUACCACCAGCAACCACCAAUGAUCACGCGGACUCGAAGAGUAACAAACCACCGGUGGAAUUGCGAAAACCCGCCCCAGAUUCUGUGUCAACCAUAAAAAAUAAACCAAUUUCACCGCUGGUGGCUGAACUAAAGAGCCGUGUUAAGAUCCCUGUUCGACCCCCACGUUCCCUGCCCCCGGGUAAAAAGUCCAAACCCGAAGAAGCCGAAACGAAUGAACCCCCGCCUAAAGCAGUUACGACUAACAAGCCCCUUGAUAAGGCACUCGAUGAAACAGAUGCUCCUGUAGUCGAGGCUAAACAAACCAUCACAAAGAGUUCACCAUCGGCUCCACAAACCGACGUACAGGCAAAUCUGCAAAAUAACGAACCAGCUGUUGCGGCUCCGAAAUUACCGCCGCGUGACGGACGGCCAAAGUUGCACGAGACGCCCAACAAUGACCAAGGUGGUUCUAUGGCGGAAGAAGCUCGCACAACUAGUCAGAACGAAGAGAACCAUCACCAACCUGGCACAGAUUAUAUCCCUAACCUUCCCCCGAAAUCCCCCAAAUGGCCGGAAAAAUAUCCCAUAGAAAAUCCCAAUUACGUUAUCCCAAUACAGCCAAAUGUGUCCAGCAAUUACCCUCAAUCGCCCUCCGUGCCUCCUGCAGUACCCUCUAGUCCCCGUCCAGGGAACAAGUGGGGAAAGAAACGUUCUGACACAUUACCGAGAGAAUUUAAAUUCGGCCAAAACAACGAGUACGCUGUUCCACAAACAGGGAAUGAAGAUAGCGUGUACGAAGAGCCGUUUCAAAGACCCGUAGCAAUGCCGACGGUACACGAGAAGAAUUCUCCUACGACUGCUAAGUUCCCAGGUCACGAUGAAAAUCCAUACGACUUGGUGGCUAGGAUUCCCUUAGAUCUAUCUGGCCUCAGCAUUGGCCAGGUCUCUGAUUUGCUGAAGAAUUUGAACAUGGCCGAGUAUGCAGAGACGUUUGAGAAUGAAAUGAUAGACGGGUGUUUGCUGAAGGAGAUGAAGGAGAGCCAAUUGACAGACCUUCAAAUGACUUCUUUUCAUCGCACGAAGUUGCUCAAUUUUAUCAACGGUUGGCGGCCGAAAUUAGCAGCAGACAAACGGAAAACCUAAUCAAUGGAAUAUCAUUGCCCUUAUUUCACAGGAAAACUCCAGUUUCGUGCAUGAAAUAUACAGUUCAGGUGACACAAAAAUAGAGAUAAUUUUCACUGAGAACCGAAUAGAAUAGAAACAUUAACUGUCAAUAUCGGUAAUAACUUUUUUUCGUUCAUUAGGUGGCUUUCGCGCAUUAUAAUACACGAAAUUCGCGCAAUAAGCCAAUGCAAAUGCUAAAAGAGGCGAAGUGUAGGUGGCAUCGCAAAAAAAAGCAAGGUUGAGCUGGUUUUGUUUGCAAAAGUCCGAAUUUCAUCGCGUUGAUGGAUGAAUGUGUGUUAAACCAGCGUAAGGCGACUGACAGUUGUUAUACCCAACAUCAAACAAGUGUCUCAUCGAUUUUUUUUACAUUAAAUUAGCACAAGCGCACGUACAAUAAUUUUACAAUUACCGUCAGCU